AUGUCUGGUUCCCGCCUUUCCACCAAGACGAACAGGAAUAAACAUGUUCGUAAGACGAUUCAAGCUAAUCCCGAUCAUUCGGGUUUACUGUCGGCUGAACAACCAGAAAACUCAAAUGCAAGUCCUCAGGAGGCGAAACUCAUAGGCUCAGAUGAUAGCAGUGCUUCUGGCACGGUGAUCUUCCGUCGAGUAACUCCAGACUUUUCUCAUAUGAAGCCCGGUCAGUCCAAAAGUGACAAUCCGAUGGCUGGAGUUCCUGUUGAUCAAGAUCAUGCUUCUUCUGCUAACGGUCUAGCAGUUGGAACACUAGCUGACCAUGAAGUCGGUGGAUCAAUACUAAAUUCCAGAACAUUCUCCCAAACUUCAGGCAUGAUUAUUUGGUCUGGGUGUUUAAUUAAAGUUACUUAUCAGCCCUGCCAAAAUGUGGCUGAUGGGAUUCUAAAAAACAUAUUCUGUGGCUGGCAAUAA